UCUUCUUUCUUUACUACAGUUUGUGGCUGUGACCUGGCCAAGUCCGGCUUCUUCUUCAAGAAUGGAGAGUAUAUUUGCACACGAGAUUACCAGCAGCUCUAUGGAACCCGAUGUGAUAGCUGUCGAGAUUUUAUAACAGGGGAAGUUAUUUCAGCUCUCGGACGGACAUAUCAUCCAAAAUGUUUUGUGUGCAGCAUGUGCAGAAAACCAUUUCCAAUUGGAGACAAAGUAACAUUCAGAGGCAAAGACUGUAUUUGCCAGAACUGUUCCCAGUCUUUAGUUUCUGACAAGCCAAUCAAGAUUCAUGGACCAAGCCACUGUGCGGGCUGCAAGGAGGAGAUUAAGCACGGACAGUCAUUACUGGCGCUGGAAAAACAGUGGCACGUCAGCUGCUUCAAGUGUCAGACGUGCGGAAUUAUCCUAACCGGAGAAUACAUCAGCAAAGAUGGCGUGCCUUAUUGUGAGACAGACUACCAUGCUCAAUUUGGAAUUAAGUGUGAGACCUGCAACAAGUACAUCAGUGGUAGAGUUUUGGAGGCAGGAGGAAAGCACUAUCACCCAACAUGUGCCCGCUGUGUACGCUGCCAGCAGAUGUUCUCAGAAGGAGAGGAGAUGUACCUGACAGGCUCUGAAGUGUGGCAUCCAAUCUGCAAGCAGGCGGCUCGGGCAGAGAAGAAGCUUAAGUACAGAAGAGCUUCUGAGACUUCAAUCUCCCCUCCGGGAUCCAGCAUUGGCUCUCCCAACCGGGUCAUUUGUGCUAAAGUAAACAAUGAGAUUCUAAAUUACAAGGACUUAGCUGCUCUUCCUAAGAUUAAAGCAAUCUACGCAGUGCAGCGCCCUGACCUCAUUUCUUACGAGCCUUAUAGCAGAUACACGUCGGAUGAGAUGCUGGAAAGAUACAGCUAUGGGGAGGAUAUCUAUGAAGGAAUGGAUCUGCGACAAAGGAGGUCAUCCAGCCCAGGAUAUAUUGAUUCUCCUCUUUAUAGCCAUCGAGAUGUUUCCCUCACCAUGCCCCGCUCCCCACAGCAUUACUACAUGUCGGGCACAGAGAGUGGCCGUAACUCCCCUUAUUAUAGCCAGGUAGAUGUUCGUUGCUCCACACCGACCCUUUACCAAGCUCCUCGGCACUUCCAUAUUCCAGCAACGAAAAGUAAAACAAGUGAAGACCUUGUACAGUCCUCCAAGUACCUCCCUCCAUACAGUCCUGAUCCUUAUUACCAGUCUGAGCCCGAGUAUUGGAUGUACUCACCAAAAAUGCCUCGAGCGCGGAGAUUCUCUUCAGGAGGAGAGGAAGAUGGUUUUGAUCGCAGCAUGCACAAGCUCCAGGGCAGCAUUGGAAGAAUGAUAUUAAAGGAGGAGAUGAAAGCUCGGUCGUAUGCGGACCCCUGGACACCGCCACGCAGUUCAGCGGGCAGUAAAGAGGCUCUACACACUGCUGGUUAUGAUGCUUCUCUUAAUGGAUCUCCCAACAAGUGCUACCUGGCUGACAGUGAUCCUUUAAUCAACAAGUCUGCCUCACUCCCAGCAUACAGAAGGAAUGGUCUUCACAGGCCGCCAAGCACGGAACUCUUCCACUAUGAUAGUGCCAAUGCAGUGAACUGGGGAAUGAGAGGUACGAGAUCUAUCCGUAUGAAUUACUCAUGGUAACCACUAGAGGGAGGAAUAGACUGCCUAAAGAUGCCGACAGAACUCGCUUGGAACGCCAUCUGUCAGCUGAAGAGUUUUAUCAGGUGUUUGGAAUGACGAUAGCAGAAUUUGACCGCCUGGCACUAUGGAAAAGAAACGAGCUGAAAAAACAAGCCAGGCUCUUCUAA